GGCGAAUCGAAACGCAUCACCUUGGUCCUCCAACAGCCGCCAGGCGGCACCGCCCCACCCGGCCAACGCCACGUGGUCUUGGGCAGUUUGCCGGGCAAGAUCGUUCUCCAGGGCAACCAGUUGGCCGCCCUCGGGCAAGCCAAAGGGACGCCGGGUCAACCGGCCAAGGUGGUCACCAUCCAACUCCAGGUCCAACAGCCUCCGGCCGGCCAAGCGGGAGGACCUCAGAAGAUCCAGCUCCUCCAACAACCGGCCGGCGGUGCCGGUGGCCAAGCGGCUCCGGUGACCGUCUCCUCGGUGCCGCAGGUGGUGGGGGGCGCCGGGCAGAGGUUGACGGUGCCGUUGAAGGUGGUCCUGCAGCCCCAGGCCGGCUCAUCUCAAGGAGGUUCUCCAGGUCUUUCGGUGGUGAAGGUCCUGAGCAGCACCGAGGUGGCCGCCUUGACCACGCCCUCCUCCCGCGGCGCCUCGGAGGAGAGCCGCAAGCUGGAGCACCAGAAGAAGCAGGAGAAGGCCAACCGCAUCGUGGCCGAGGCCAUCGCCCGCGCCCGGGCCCGGGGCGAGCAGAACAUCCCCCGUGUCCUCAACGAGGACGAGUUGCCCAGCGUCCGGCCGGAGGAGGAAGGAGAACGGAAGCGGCGCCGGAAAGCCACCGGUGACCGUGGUGGCCCCAAGGAGGAGAGACAACGGAAGGGCAAAGGUCAAGGUGGCGGCGGCAAGAGCAAGGGGCGUGGCAAACCCAGCACCAUCACGCCGGUGGUCGGGAAGAAGCGGAAGCGCAACGCCUCCUCCGACAACUCCGACGCCGAGGUCCUCCCGGCGCCGUCGCCCCGAGAAGAAGAAGAAACCAGCGUCCAGAAACGCCGGUCCAACCGGCAGGUCAAGCGGAAGAAGUACACGGAGGACUUGGACAUCAAGAUCACCGAUGAUGAGGAGGACGAAGAGCUGGACGUGACGGGACCCGUCCGGGCGGAGCAGAUGCCGGCGGCGCCGCAGCCACCGGUGCCGGAGCCGGAGCCGGUCUCCUCCCUCCAGGAGAACCCCAGCGAAGAGGACGCGGCCAUCGUGGACAAGGUCCUCUCCAUGAGGGUGGUGAAGAAGGAGCUUCCAUCGGGACAGUUGACUGAGUCCGAGGAGUUUUUCGUCAAGUACAAGAACUACUCUUAUCUCCACUGCGAGUGGGCCACCAUCGACCAACUGGAGAAAGACAAGAGAAUCCAUCAGAAGCUGAAGAGGUUCAAGACGAAGAUGACCCAGAUGAGACAUUUCUUCCACGAGGAUGAAGAACCUUUUAACCCUGAUUACGUCGAGGUGGACCGCAUCUUGGACGAGUCCCACAGUGUCGACAAAGACAACGGGGAGCCGGUGGUCUACUACCUGGUGAAGUGGUGCUCCUUGCCCUACGAGGACAGCACGUGGGAGCUCAAGGAGGACGUGGACGAGGCGAAGAUCGGUGACUUCAAACGCAUCCAAGCCCGUCACCCCGACCUCAAACGCUUGCCACGGCCUCAAGCGGGUGCUUGGAAGAAGUUGGAGCUGUCCCACGAGUACAAGAACCACAACCAGCUCCGCGAGUAUCAACUGGAAGGGGUCAACUGGUUGCUCUUCAACUGGUACAACAGGCAGAACUGCAUCUUGGCCGACGAGAUGGGCUUGGGCAAGACCAUCCAGUCCAUCGCCUUUCUCCAAGAGGUCUACAACGUGGGCAUCCGCGGCCCGUUCCUGGUCAUCGCCCCGUUGUCCACCAUCACCAACUGGGAGCGGGAGUUCACCACCUGGACGGAGAUGAACAGCAUCGUCUACCACGGCAGCUUGGCGUCCCGCCAGAUGAUCCAGCAGUACGAGAUGUACUGCAAGGACACCAGGGGCCGUCUCAUCCCAGGUGCCUACAAGUUUGACGCCCUCAUCACCACCUUCGAGAUGAUCCUGUCGGAUUGUCCGGAGCUCCGGGAGAUCGAGUGGCGCUGUGUCAUCAUCGACGAGGCCCACCGCCUGAAGAACCGCAACUGCAAGCUGCUCGACAGCCUCAAGCACAUGGACCUGGAACACAAGGUCCUCCUGACGGGCACCCCGCUGCAGAACACGGUGGAAGAGCUCUUCAGUCUUCUCCAUUUUCUGGAACCUUCUCAGUUCCCCUCUGAGUCUGAAUUCCUGAAGGACUUUGGAGACCUCAAGACGGAGGAGCAGGUCCAGAAGCUCCAGGCCAUCCUCAAACCCAUGAUGCUCCGCCGCUUGAAGGAGGACGUGGAGAAGAACUUGGCUCCGAAGCAGGAGACCAUCAUCGAGGUGGAGUUGACCAACAUCCAGAAGAAGUACUACAGGGCCAUCUUGGAGAAGAACUUCUCCUUUCUCUCCAAAGGCGCCGGUCACACCAACAUGCCCAACCUUCUCAACACCAUGAUGGAGCUCCGCAAGUGCUGCAACCACCCCUACCUCAUCAACGGUGAGGACUUGGUGGCCUCCUGGGGUUGGGUUCUGGAGAACCUUGUGGAGAACGUUCUGGUUGACCGUGACAUCAUGGUGAGGGAAGGUUCGCGUGGCCUCAUGGGUUUGGAUUCUGAAGAACCUUCUGGAGAACCUUGUGGUUGA